AUGACAAUCAUCAAACUUUGCAGCAUCUAUCCAUACUUCGAGACAGAUGGCUUCGAUCGGGCCUACAUUGCUGAACUUGCUUCCGUCGCUUCACAGUACCCAGCAAGUGGUUUGGAUUUUUGCUACUACUGGACUGAGAAAGUCUUUUGGGACAGAUUCCAAUUGUCUAGUGCAUAUGGCGAGUUUCCUGGCCGAUAUGGUGGCCCCGGGUAUAUCACUCAACAACAAAUUGGAAGCAUCCAAAUGCCACUUACUCCAGUAUCAGCUCAAAAAGUCCUUGGGAUAACUCCAACUUCUUUUCAACAGACCUUGGAAACCUCAAGCCGCGCUGCAGAACCUGCUGGACUGAUCCCUGGACAAGCCCCAGAGGUACCUGGAGCCUAUAGAACACCUGCUUCUGUACCUACUCAGGAACGAGUGGAUCUUUCCGCAAUACCAUCUGCUCCGCACUUUGAGCAGGCAUCUCAAGAACCAGGCCGAAAUGACAUUGGUGAUUAUCUCAAACCUAAAGGUCCGUCAGCUUCUUCACCUACACAAACAACGCAAUAUUUAGCCAGAGAGACACACAAACACGACAGUUCACGAGAUCCACAGGCUAUCAGCGAAAAUCCAAGAUUAAGUGUAGAAUCCGAUCCUCGAAUCGAAAGCCCUUCAUCCCUCUUAGCUGCUCGGCUUGCUUCCCCUGGUACGCCCAACCACAGUUCGGUGUCUACUGUAGCACUUUCCGCACCGAACACAUCAUUUGAGCCUCUUCCUCCUCUCUUAAACCCAGAUUUACUUUACAAAGAUCCCACCACUGGUGAAGUUAUCACCAUGAAGAUAUAUGACACAUACAAGGGCAUGAGCUCGAGUUAUCUGAAGUAG